UCCAGCCCACCAACCCUCAGAAUCAGUCACCUCAGUCAGCCAUGCUGUUUACACUAUGGAGAACAUUCUCUCAUCUCUCAAUAGCCUCGCUGAGACAUGGCUGGCCUUUGGCCCAGCUCCCUGUCAUGUAGACCUCAACUACUCCCUACUGAGUGGGCUGGGGCUGCUGCUUCUGAGCACCUGCUACCUGCUACUGAAAGUGGUUUUACCCUCACUGUGGAAAAAGGAAUGCACCCAAAAGCUACAGGAGAAAGCCAAGGAAGCCAGGGAAUCACUUAAAGGAGCUCAGACCUGCGAGGACAUCACUGACCAGUGUAUCCUGCAGCGUCCCUUGGGAGAGCUGUGUGAUGCCCCUCAGGAUGAAGGACUACCACAUCCAGAGCCUGUCUUCGGUAUGUGUCAUAGAACAAGUGGCCAGGCCAGUCACGUGCUCCCCCAGGCCACCCUCAAAGACGGCGAUGACUCUCAUUCCUGCUUAGCUUCCACAGCUCCUGCGACAGAGACCUGUGACACAGAAAACCAGCCAGGACAUCCAACUCCAGUCACUCCACCCGGGCCUUUACCACUGGACCCCUCCAAUCUCUCCCCUAACCACUUUGCUCACUUGGAAAGCUGGCUUUCUUCCCUACCGCCAGAGGCAAUGUCCUCCUUGAGAGCUAGAUUUCAACAGGACCCUAUCCCACCCCACACACUUACCUCUUUUACUCCUCCAACAGAGGGAGCAAGAGAGGCAGAAGUGGUCUACCCACUGGAAACCACUAGGUCUCCAGUCAGCGGCCCUAGUGAGGUAUCUGUUAAUGUCCCAGACACCAAAGGCACUGGCUAUAUAAGCCGGCCAUUGCCAGACCCUUCCCGGCAGCAGCCUGCUGCCCACAACCUGUUAUCUUCAGAUUUGGCACAUUCCAUUAACCAACAUCUCCCAGACCCCCAUGCUUCUCAAGCCGCUUUGCAGGAGGACCUUCCAGAGCCUGGAAACCUCUUGCCUCCCAACUCUGAUGCUCUGGUGCAACUCAAAAGGCAAGACAAAAAAGAGGGUGAUUUCCUCACAAAGGAUAAGGAGAAAAAAGAAUAUUUUAUAAAGUCAGCCUAUUCUUCGGAGAAGCUGUCCUCAGCAGAAACAUUGGCUAAGUCACAGGAGCUGGCUGCCUCUCAUUCAGCAAGCAGCAAAGGCAAACCCACGCACCAGCAGGCCCCUCACUCCAAGACCUCUGAAGAUGAUGCAGAAGCUAAACCCGCCCAGCUCUUCUGGGGUCUCCCCUCUCUGCACAGUGAGGCCUUGCACCCUGACACCACCACUGCUUCACAUGACCAUACCACAACAUUUAACAGCAUGGCUGAAGCCCCCACAGCUGACGAUUCCCCAUCUGUUACUCUCCCCACACCUCUGUCUGUGACUAAGAGUCAGCCGCAGACCCGGAUCGAGACCCCGUCACAAUCUCAUUCCCAACGUGACCCUUCUGCUGAGUCUCAGGCUCAGGGUCAGAACACUUCCCCAGUCUCUGUCUUGACAAUGUCUCCUCAGUCCCAGAUUAGGAUCUGUGGGGUGCAUUUUCACAGACCCCAGGAUGAAGCAAAGCCUCUUGGUCCAUGUGAAACACAGCACCUGGAAUACAAUGUCUUGAAAAAAGAGCAGGAGAGAGUGUGGGGUUUACCCUCUGUGGUCCAAAAAUCUCGGGACACAUUUUGUCCUUCCCCUCCCAAGAUCUCUCUGGUGAACCAGUCCUUCAAGGCCCACACUCCCAGGCCCAUCCUUCUUGGAGACUUCCCCCUCACCGAUGAGCUUCGGAAGAAACUUGAGCACCAUCUCCGAAAGAGGCUCAUCCAGCACCGCUGGGGGCUGCCGCACAGGAUCAAUGAGUCCUUGUCACUCAUGUGUCCUCAUUCAGAGCUGGUGGAUUUCCCUGAGUCGGGGAGGAGUCACGGUCUCUCAUGGCUCACACUCUUUAAGCUUCAGGGCAGCAAAGACUCACACUCCAUUGUACUCAGCGGAUCUGGAAAAUUUAACAACGGGAUCUGGGAGAAACGUGCCAGAGAAGAGACUGAGGUAAAAGCAAAGACGGACAGUCAAGGUAUUGGCCAAAAACACCGUCUCCAGAGGGACCGGAAGGGCAGUCUGCAAUCUGACUUGAAGACAGACCAGGAGCCUCAAGUAGCAAGUCAGUCAGGACAACUUUCAAGCCUCCCAAAGGUGAGCCCGUGUCAGAAAAAGAUUGAAAAUGAACUAGAGCAACACCUCAACAGGAAAAUGAAGGAGAUCCAUGAGGGCCAGAUCCCUAGCACUGUGGGGAGGUCAUGGCAUUCCAUCAGCGAGCUUCAGCCCCCACCCCAGACACCGCACGGCCAGGUAAGACGUCUGGCCCCUUUGGCAGGUGAGAAGGACACAUUGAAAACCCAACAGAGUUUAUCACUCAGUCCUAGCAAAGAAAAGAUGUUGGAAGAACACAUUAAAACCUUUGGCAGGAGGUUGACAUUUGGUCUUCCCCAAAGAGUUGAGGAAUCCUUAGAGUCCUACAAGACAAAAGUGGAGCCAUCACAUUCUCUCUCUCAGUUCCGCCUUCCCCCGGACGCCGCCGUUUCUGCCGUGGAUUCUGCCCAGCCCUCCAGGUUCCUGCAAAGCAACACUAGUAGAAACAGGAUGGGGACACUGAAUUUCAUGCCCAUCCAAGAAACGCCCCUCCCUGUUUCCAGGCCUGUGAGACAGAUGAGGCCGGCCUCCAAGAACAAGCUGUUUGUAGACAAAGACCUUAGCACAGCUCAAAGUGGCAGAGAGCCUACCCAGCCCUGGACACCCGGUGUGGUGGACAAAGGCAGCCGGCAGCAGUCUGGAUCAGACAAUAGACAUAGCUCAGAGCUGCCCAUGAGGCCAGAUGGGCCAACAGAUGAGAGACUGGCUUCCAGAACCAGCACCCAGGGGCCUCAGGGGGAAAGGAUAAGCAGGAAAGAUGGUUCCAUGGCUGAGGGGUCCACGGAGCUACUCAAGAGAGAGCAGCUCCGUGGUCUUCACCCACAGUCCACUGAGACCUUGACAGCCACCCAAGACACAUGUCAACCCCUGCAGAGAAUGUCAGUUCCCCACAACCCUGGAACAUCUGUCUAUAAAAGUCAGGUGUCCAGAGGAGCCGUAUUGCGCUCAGAGAGCAGGCUACCCAGGCAGGCAGCAGGCCAGCCUGAUGUGGCCCCAGCCUCAGGAGAAAUGACUUCCAAACGCCAGGGCCCCUCCGGUGGGGACAUGGUGUCUUCUCAGGUGCUGCGGGUGCACUUGCCCACUGCGGGAGUCAGCAUGGAGCCAAGGCAGGGUCCCUGGCUCCCUGUACAUGUGUCAGGCAAGUGUCAGAACAAGGAGUGUCCCCCGGCUGCCAGGAGAGUGUCUCCCCUGGCAGCUGAGGCAGGAAAAUUUGGUGGAGGGGAUGCAGGCUUAGGGACAUCCCAAACCAGAGGGAAGAGGCACUCUGUUCAGGCCAGGGCACCAGAGGAAACACGUGGACACACAUCUUCGCCGGCACUGUCACGUAAGGGGCAGCCUCCGCAGGACCAAUUCAGCAGCCCGGCGAAGUGCUUCUUGCAGUGGAUGUCCCCUGGAAGAAAACACAAAGGGCAGGAAAGGUCCCUGGCCAAGGCCAGCUCCCCCUCACCAUCUGUGAAGGGCACAAGCCUCGUCAAAAAGAGAUGUGAGUUUUAUGGGAACAUUGAAGCUUCAAAGAGUGUGAGAGACCCUGGGGUGAUCCUCAGGAAACCACUGGGGCACAGGCAUGGGACAGUCACCCCCUGUCCCCAGACACCUGUGCCUCCUCCCCUCCUGGGGUCUGCAGAAACUCAGCAGGAGGUGCAACAGCUGGCUCAGGUAAAGGCUGUCCAGAGGUAUCACUCCCGCUGCCAAUCUGCCCGCUCUCAAGUGCAAAGGGCUGAGUCCUGCAGCCCAGGACAAGGGCAGAGCGCCCCUAAGAGGUGUGGCGUUGCAGGAAGAGCGGAGAUGAUGGGGAUCUCCCCCAGCGGUGCUUCACAGGGAGCCCGAGUCCCGCCCAAGUCCUAUCUGUAG